UGCGCGCCAAGUCAUGCAUGAUCCUGCCUCGAUUUGGCAACCGUAGUGCAAGAGGCUGGGGGUCACAUUCUUCGCCACGCCAUGCGUUCUGAGAACAAAAAAUCGAGUCCUUUCUGCAGCAUCAUAUGAAGAACACGGGUGUCUGUAUGGAUGCAUUAGCCUUCGCUGCUGAGAAGCUCAGGACCAACCGCAAAGCCCACGGUCACAAAAAGCAAAAAAAAAGUAACAAAAAGCAGCAACGGCAACACCGUAAGCGCCGGAGCACGAACCACCGUAGCGCCACAGCGGAGCUGAACGCCCCUGGCGACUGGACGACCGUACAACGGAAAGCCAGGUCCACACUGAAAAAGACAUAGUCCAAAGUAGCAGAGGAAGCUAAGCGAAGUCAAGACGGCCGAGGUUUCAUCCGUCUUCCUCUCGCAACAACACCAACACCCUUGGCACGAACUCACGUCAGAUCAGC